GAAAUUUAUUUUUUUUUAAAAAAAGCACAUAUCCAAAAGCCACACGAGUCCCCAUAUCCAUAGUCCCUAAGCCAAAGGAGGUCCUAUCAAGCUUCAUCCUCAGCUUCAUACUUCAUUCCUCCUUUUCAGAUCCUGAAAGAAGAAACCAAAUACCAUUUCAUUUACUAUUUGACCUUUUACUUUCUUUCAGAUUUUCAGUGAAGAAAUGGCAUCCGCCAUGGCCAAACCCAAAACUCAGAGAAAGCUCAGCAGACAUACCCACGAAAACCAGAAACCAAAUCCACAGAAGGCAGAGAAGCCGCCGUCUUGGGCAGUUGUGAGAGGCAUAUUAAGUUGCAAAUACCUGCAGCCUCAGCAGCAACAACAUCAAUUACCACGCAAAGAGAAACAGGAGCAAGCAACAGAAGAAAAUGGCAAGAACUGUAAGAAAAUGAGGUGUUCAGGUUCACUCUGUAGCAACACCAAGGUAACACACAGGCUUGAGGCAGCUGCAUCCCCUGAAGUUCACAAGAAAAGGGUAUUAACUUCAAUGGGUUCAAGAAACAAUGAAUCUUCAAGUUCGAAUAGAUCCACCAAAACUCUUGUUUUGAAUGAACAAACAACUGGUGUUUUAUCAGCCACGUCUUCAUCUUUAUCUGCAUCAUCUUCUUCUUCAAAUUCCUCCAACGGAGCAUCUUUCAGGGGAAUGCCUUUCAGAAGGUUCUACGGCUGUUAUGAAUGUAAAAUGGUGAUUGACCCUGUUAUUGGGAUGACUAGAGAUCCUUCUCUUAGAGCGACCAUUUGCCCUUGUCCUCAAUGUGGUGAGAUUUUCAUGAAACCUGAAACUUUGGAGCUUCACCAGACUGUUAGACAUGCCGUAUCUGAGCUUGGUCCUGAAGACACGAGCAAGAACAUAGUGGAAAUCAUAUUCCAGUCGAGUUGGCUGAAAAAGCAAACCCCAAUUUGCAAAAUUGAAAGGAUUCUCAAAGUCCAGAACACUCCAAAAACCAUCUCGAAAUUCGAGGAAUACAGGGACUCCAUAAAAGCCAAAGCUACCAAACUUCCAAAGAAGUACCCACGUUGUAUAGCAGACGGUAACGAACUCCUAAGGUUCCACUGCACCACCUUGAACUGUUCAUUGGGUUUCAAUGGCUCUUCCAACCUCUGCAGUUCAAUCCCACAAUGCAAUGUCUGUAGCAUAAUCAAGAAUGGGUUCAAGGUGGCGGCAGAGGCAACCGGGGGGGACUCUGGAAAGGGAAUUCUAACUACUGCUACAAGUGGAAAGGCUCACGAUAGUGUCGGAGUAUCAUCAGACGGCGGCGACGACAAAAGAGCUAUGCUGGUUUGCCGGGUAAUAGCUGGGAGAGUGAAGAAGAGUCCAGAAGGCAGCAUGGAAGAUUACGACUCAUUGGCCGGAGCAGCAGGCAUGUAUUCCAAUUUGGAUGAGUUGUAUGUGUUCAGUCCCAAGGCAAUAUUGCCUUGUUUUGUUGUUAUUUAUGGAGGUUUUUAACUUUUAGCUGCAAUUAACGGCUUUUUGUUGGGCAAGAGUUUGUUUGAUUGCCUCUGGAAAGAUGUUGAAUUUUAAUGGAAUUGUAUUGUGUUUCUUGUAAA